UCCUUUCUCACACUCACAUCUGUCCUUCAAGGGGACAGUAAGACUGAAAAGAGGAUUCUCCUCCUUUCCCGUUCUCUCUCCCUCAGUCUCUUCCCCUCUCUCUGGCUCUGCUGUUCUCAGUGUGUCUCUCCCCCUUUCCAAUGGCCCAUGGACAACCGGUUCCCAGAGACACCUUGAUUGGGGAGGGGAGUGAGUACUCCCUGGGUCCCCAGUCCUCAGGGUGUGUUUCUUCCCCUACUCCCACUUUCUUCAAUUGCCAGCAGCCUCUGUCCUUUCUGCUGCCCCCAGGCCGGUGCUCUGAGAUCUUCCCGACAUGCCUGAAGGAGCUCACAGUCUGAGUCUCAGCAAACCCAGCCCAACCCCAAGCCCUGGGUGUAGCCACCGAGGGCUUCCCCCAGCCCUGCCCAUGGCCUCCCCCCGAGGAUCUGGGAGCUCUACAUCUCUGAGUACUGUGGGUUCUGAGGGGGAGCCUCAUGCAGGCCCCAGCCCAGGCCCCAGCUCCGGCCAGGCCUGUUCUGGGACAGCCCUGGAGCCCCUGCCAGGUCCCCCCAUUCAGCUGCACCUGACUCCUGUGGGACCUAGAGGGGAGCCAGGCCAGGGGACCAAGAAGCCCUCCCACCUGGAGCGUGUGGCCCGGGAGAUCGUGGAGACAGAGCGGGCUUAUGUGCGGGACCUGAGGAGCAUUGUGGAGGAUUACCUGGGCUGUCUGGUGGCCAGUGGUCCUCCUGGGUUGAAUUCGGAACAUCUUGGGACCCUCUUCUCCAACAUUGAAGAUAUCUACGAGUUUAGCAGUGAGCUCCUGGAAGAUCUGGAGAAUAGUAGCAGCGCCCAUGGCAUCGCCGAUUGCUUUGUGCAGAGGAGUGAGGAGUUUGACAUCUACACCCUCUACUGUAUGAACUACCCAAGCUCGAUGGCCUUGCUUCGGGACCUGUCCCUCUCCCCUCCUGUGGCCCUGUGGCUCCAGGAGCGCCAGGCCCAGCUCCGCCAUUCACUGCCCCUUCAGAGCUUCCUCCUCAAACCCGUGCAGCGCAUCCUCAAAUAUCACCUCUUGCUGCAGGAGCUGGGCAAACACUGGCCCGAAGGAUCGGGGGCAGAGCAAGGCCCCGGGGGCCGGGAGGUGGUGGAAGAUGCCAUCGUGUCCAUGACGGCCGUGGCUUGGUACAUUAAUGACAUGAAGAGGAAACAGGAACACGCGGCUCGUCUGCAAGAAGUUCAGCGGCGGCUGGGGGGCUGGGGGGGCCCCGAGCUAAGUGCCUUUGGGGAGCUGGUCCUGGAGGGCGUGUUCCGAGGUGGGGGCGGCCCGCGGCUUCGGGGGGGCCAGCGUCUCCUCUUCCUCUUCUCGCGUAUGCUCCUGGUGGCCAAAAGACGAGGUCCUGGGUACAACUACAAGGGGCACAUCUUUUGCUGUAACCUGUCUGUGAGUGAGAGUCCCAAAGACCCCCUGAGCUUCAAGGUGGCUGAUGUGACCAUCCCCAAACAUCAGCACCUGCUGCAGGCCAAGAACCAUGAGGAGAAACGCCUGUGGCUUCAUUACCUCCAUCGCUUAAUCGUGGAAAACCACCCGGCCUCCAUUCCUGCCAAGGCAAAGCAAGUCCUCUUGGAAAACACUUUCCACUUGAGUGCCCCCGAAGGACAGCCCAGCUGUGAGCCUCUCACACCCCCACUGGGGUCUCCCCGCCUCCCCGAAGGCCGCAAUUUCACCGGGCGAAGGACAACAGACCCCUCCCCAUCUCUGAGCAAUCCGGCAGGGGCUUCGCCUGGCCGCAGAGGCCGAAGGCAGUCUGAGCCAGCCAAGGAGGCACACACCAUGUUUCCACAGAUCGCGUGUGCGUGUGCGUGUGCGUGUGCGUGUGCGUGUCCCUUGUUGUCUCUCCGUGGGCUGUAUACAUUGGUGGGGUUCUGGGAACUGACUAGCAGGAGUAAGCGGCUCCCUAAUUUCCUUUGUUCUCUCCUCACCAUCCCGACUCCUCCAGCCGGAUCCAGGCUCAAGCACGCUGGCAGCGAGGGGGAGCUAUUCCCGAAGUCAGAGCCUCUCUGCAAGGCCCCGAGUCCCGAGCCAGCCCUGGUCCUGGCCUCGGGAGCCCCUGAAGACCUGGAAGAACCGGCUCCCCCCAACCUGGGCCCCCCGGGGCUCUCUAUCACCGAGGAGAUCAUGGAGUUGUUGACUCAGAGAGGCCUCCAGGAAUCAGGGCUCUCACCCGUGGACGUUCCUGAAGCCCCCAAGUUCCACGGGGAGCCUGAGGCUCCAAGUCAGACCAGGAAUGUUGGCCCAGAGUCCCCAGCCCCACCGAGCCGAGAGUCCUCUGAAGAGGCCGAGGGGAAACAGUUAGAGGACCGAGCGCCAUCUCCCCUCCACGUCCUAGAGGGACUGGACAGUCCCGAAAUUUCCAGCAUUCCCGAAAUUCCAGGCACUGUUGCAAUUUCUGCCAUUCCCAAGCUUCCAGACAUUCCCCAGAUUCCCAGUUGUGAGGACAGUCCCCACAUUUCUGACCACUCCCCGGGACAAGGGGAGUCCUGCCUCCAAGGAGCAGUUCAGGACGGGGAUUCCAGUGGAAAGACAAGCCCAGCAGAAAAGACCCAAGAUGGAGCUGAGCCCAGGCAGGACAGCCAGUUGUCUGGAACAGAGGAAGAAGGAGAGCUAUCUCUCACUUCUCCCCAUAAGACUGGUGAUCUAGAGACCCCAGAGUUCCACUCCUGCUCAGAGAUCCGGAGGGCAUGGCGGGCCAUGGAGCAGGGAGCCAUGGAAGGAAGGAGCUCCCAGGGCAGCAUUCUGGAACCGCUGCUGAUUCUGGAAGAGUCCGAUUUCAGGGGAAACUGCAAAGGCCCCAGCGGUGGGUCCGCCGGUUCCGAGAGGGUGGCCACUCGGGUCCGGGAGUUGGCACGGAUGUACAGCGACCGAAUCGAGAGACUCCAGAGGGCAGGGAACCAGGUGUCUGUGGCUGGCUCCCGAAGGAGAACCCGGGGCUUGGUGCAUUCCCACCAGCUCCUGGUUCCCCCAAAGGAAGAGGAAGAACUUCAGCCUGGGCCUCUCCCUGUUUUUGGUCAUGUCCUAGUCCGAGAGGUGAGCUUCCCAAUGACCUGUGCUCAGGCCUCGGUGGCUCUGGUCCCAGCGGUGCGAGCCCAGGCUGCCGCUCCAUUGGUCACCAAGAGGCUGGAGCCUCUCCCCGCUGGAAGGCAUUGCCCCCCUGAGGCUGGUGGACUCCUAGACACUGAGGUCCCCCAGGAGGAAGCCUCGAACUUCCCCAAUCCAGAGGCUGAUCAGCCCUCCCCUGAAGCUCUGCCCCCGGCCCUGGCCCCAAGCCUACCUACUCAGGGACGCCAGCUCUUAGGGCCCAGCGCAGCCGCCCUGUCCAGAUACCUGGCUGCUUCUUGCAUCAGUCAGAGUCUGGCGAGGAGAGGGGCAGGGGUCCUCGAAGGGGAGGCUCCCCUGGCCUGGAGGCCCUCCCUGCCCAGGGGUCCCUGGGCCUCAGCUCCUUCAUCCCGAGCCCCAUCACCACCACCCACGACCCGGCCCAGCUACUCUACCACGGUCAGCAUCCGAGUUGGGGGUGGAGGGCGGCUGGGUCCGGCGAAGGCCCAGGUCCGCCUGAAUCAUGCCACUCUGCUGACCUCCCUGGAUCUCCCAGGGCAGCGCCGGGUCCAGGGGGCUGCUGAGGCCACUCCCAGAACAUGAGUCGAAUGUCAGGGUCCUCCAGAGACAAGGUCAGGGAUGGUGCCGUGCUCGGGUCUCCAAAGGUAAAGACCUGAAGAUAUUUAAGUCCCUGAGAAGAAAAGACUAAGGAUCUGGGCCCUUGGAUCCCACUGGCUGGCAUCGUGCCUCUGUUUCCCCACACACUCCCCCCCCUUGUCCAGUACAGAGGUCUGUUGGGCCCAUUAAGUGCUUUGAAAACCCACAGGGGGCUGCCUUUAAUGUUAUUAAUAAUUAAUGUUAUUAAUUAUUUUCUAUGUUUGCACAUUCCCUGGGUGGGGGCAUCUUCAGAUGUACAGCUCUGUAUAAAUACUGUCUACCCCGCCGGCCUUCCCCCCACCACUUUGCAGGAAGGGAAUUCUCUGAAGGGCAUGGGGCUUGGGGAUGUGGGUAAGGAAGGGCCCCAGAUUCUACCUGCUGUUUCAGGGGAAUGUGCCCUAACCCCAAGACCCUCUCUUUAUCCUAGCACUGACCCCAGUCCCUCACUUCCUCUCCAAAAACACAAGGUCCUUGUUUUGAGAGGAUCAAACCCCACCUCCCCCAAUAAAUGGAUUUAAGCUA